AUGGCCCCUCUCUUGUCAGUCAUAUUGUCCACUUUGAUAGUGUACCUCAGCAAAGGUGAUAGCCAUGGCAUCAAAAUUGUGAAACACUUCAAAGGAGGGCUAAAUCCAAGUUCACUUGAUCAGUUAGAGUUUGGAGGUCCUCAUCUUGGGCCCUCAGCCAAAAUUGGAUUCAUCUGUGCACUCAUAGCCCUCACUGAAGCCAUUGCUGUUGGGAGAUCAUUUGCAUCCAUAAAAGGAUACCAUUUGGAUGGAAACAAAGAAAUGGUUGCCAUUGGAUUUAUGAACAUUGUUGGCUCUUUAACCUCAUGUUACACAGCAACCGUCAAUUUUAGCGCGGGCUGUGAGACAGUAAUAUCAAACAUUGUGAUGGCAAUCACGGUCCUAAUAUGCCUACUCUUUUUCACCAAGCUUUUUUACUACACACCACUUGCUAUCCUUGCCUCCAUUAUCUUGUCCGCCUUGCCUGGACUCAUCGACCUAAACGAAGCAUACAAGAUAUGGAAAGUCGACAAGCUCGACUUUUUGGUGUGCUUGGGUGCCUUCAUCGGGGUUCUUUUUGGUUCGGUCGAAAUCGGCUUGCUAGUUGCGGCGGACGGGGGGUCGGGGGAGCUGAGGAGCCAUUUGGACCGCUCGGACCGGGCGGUGGCUGUGGCAUCGAUCGGCUCCAACUCCAUAAGUGUGGAAAAUGUUUUUGAAGUGUUUGGGAGAACUGAACUUCUUUUUGGGAGAGGCUGGGCAUAUUGGGAGGACUUUAAAUACAAGCUGCCUAAUGAGGCAAUGAAAGUCACCUCCUAUGGUGCCCUGUGA